AGUUCGCUUCAAAGUUUCCAUAACAGUCAACAACGUAGUGUGAUAGCAAGAAGUCGCGAGUUUCCUAGGGCAGUGAUUUAAAGAAUCUACUGAAAGUUAGAUUAGUUUAUCCUUCUAAGUUUUGAUAAAAAUCUUGCUGGUUUCAGCUUUGAAUUUACUAAAGUUAUAGCAACUACGAAAUCAAACGGGAAAACAUGUAUACGUUUGGAAAAUUUAAAGGAAGUGUCGUUAUUUUCCAGUUAUUUGUAAUUGGAUUUUUCAUUGUUCCCGGAUCUGGGCUGAGAUGCUACAUUUGUGAUUCAUCGAAAAAUCCGGGAUGCAUUGACCUUAAAAGAAGUUCUGGAAUCGAACCUGAGCCAUGCAAGCUUGAAAGAAUGGUUUCUUCGGAAAAUUGGCUAACUCAACUUUACAAAGUCAGCUAUUACCCAACGACUCACUACGAACAAUAUGAGUACAAAGGACCAAUGCAUUGUCAAAAAGUUGUCGCAUCUAAAGAUGGAGAUACUGUAACCUCACGCUUCUGCCAGAUUGGAACAGCUAAAACAGACCCAUGUCAAAUUUCUUUCGACAAAUUAAAGAAUGAUCCAUCCAUUAAGGUCGAGUCCUGCUCAAUUUGUGACACCGAUGGAUGCAAUAGUGCCCCGAAAUUGAUUACAGGGAUAUCUACAAUGUUUCUAGCGCUGAUGAUCAAAUUGUUGUAUUAAUUCGAAUAAACCAACAUUUCUAGGAUCUCUAAAUCCAGAUCGUCUCAUCCCAGAUUCAUUCGACGUGGACACUAACACAAUAUGGAAAAUUGGUUAGGUUUGCGAAAACAAAUAGACAUUUUGAUUUUUUUGGGGAAACUUAUCUAGAUUCGUUCGGAUUUGUAGCUAGAAUGUGGGAGUUUUGAGUUAUCAAAGUUGUUAAUGAGUCAAUGUCAAUUAUUUGAUUUCUUUGUUUAUUGGUUUAUUGAUAUUUGCUGAUAUUGAUUUUUUUAUUGUAUCUAGUUAUCUCACUAUACGAUAUGUGCGUUCUUUAAAGCUCUAGGUUUGCAAUUGUAAUGAGCCCAGGUUUUCGCACCAGAAUUUCCUUUAAAUACUUUCAUCUUUACUUCGAACGGACACUUAAAAAACCAAGAUAAAUGUCCUUUAUUCGAAGGCAAGACAUUUUUUUAAUAAUGUCCUUCUUGAAAACAAACCACGACUUUAAAUAUUUAAAUUAAAAUAUUUUCUUUCAUUUAAUGAUAAAAUUCGUAUUUAAGUGACAAUGAAAAUGAAAACAAAGAUAUUCACAAAAUUGCCUUUAUUUUAAUAGAAGAAAAAAAAAAAGAAAAUUUUGAAUUACAAUUUUAUCCUAGUCAUAAUUGAAAGAUGUUAUAUGUAUGUAAUAGAUUGAAUGAAUUAAUUAGCGCUCGUUGUAUUUGUACCUGGAUGAUAGGUGGAAAGGGUCAUUAAAAACAUGCAAUUUUUAUUUACAAUAUUGUUGUUCAAGCAAUAUAUAAUGAGAAAUCUAAUGUUAACAUACUCUGCAAAGAUGAAGAUAUAACCAUGGCGUUAAAGUUUGUUUUUAUGUACAAAAAUAUUAUAUAUAUACACACAUUCAUAUAUAAAUGUAAUUGUUUUGUAAAGUGUCUUAAUGUGUUUGAAUAAAUUGUGGUCAGUCGGUGUA